UGGAGUGUGAGGAAGACGGACGACACGAGGUGGCGGAUGUACGUGCGCGAAUCGCACGGUCCGGGGAAAAUCGCACGGUAAAGCGCGAAAACCGAGUUUGCAGACGGAAAAAAAGGACACCUAGCAGAUAAGAGACUGCUGAAUAAAAUAAACAUGAAUGAACUCUAUGUGGGGAGUGCAGGGUGAGAGUGGCUCGGCCUGCGUGCGUUCCCGUGAGAGACAAAGGACACCGCAAGUUCUCUUCAUCUCAGUGCUUAACGGUUUGUAACGCGAAUACUCGUGUGCAGUGCGUGAGAACCGGAGAAACUAAGACUACGCAAUCCGGCAGGAGAGACCGGAGGCCUCGUGGAGACUUCUACUGCAUCUUUUCCUUGUUUACAUCGUUGGCUGGUGGAUGUUUCACUUUUGAGUUUCCCUGUUCCGUUGGAUUGCGUGAGUAUUACAGUAUAAAGUGUUCAUUCGUUCACCUGAGCUCCAACGAAGUGCACCACCAAGACAUUUAAAAUCCCAGCUGGGUAACAUUACAUUUGGGGGAUUUUGGUUUGUUUUAUUUACACUUGUUUGAGAGAAUAAAUGUUUGUUUAUUGUUUCUACAAUUUAAUCUUCUGUGUUUUCUUGUUUAAAGGAAGAGAUUGGACUUUUUUAAGUUUUUGAAGUGUGGUACAAAUACCUUCAUUAUUAUUAUUGGUUAUCAUUAAUUAUUGUGAGUGAUAGAGGAGAACAAUUAAAGGAACACUGAAGUCUGAAGCCCGAGGUUAAAUACAGCAGUUUGAGUAACUUUGGUAAUACAUAUCACACCUUCGGUAAAUUUAGAUGUGCCUCUCACGUGUAAAGUUAUAUCCCUAGACAGAUUUGAGUCAGUUAAUCAGUGAGAGGGCUACAUAUAUAUAAUAAGAGAACAGAACUUUCUCUGAAUGUGUAUAAAACUAAAGAGUCUCUACUUCCUACGAAGGCUGAGAAAGGCACAUCUCCUUCCCCCCAUCCUGACCAUGUUCUACAGAGGGACCAUUGAGAGCAUUCUGAGCAGCUGCAUCACUGUCUGGUUUGGGAACUGUACGAUCUCGGAUCGCAAAACCCUGCAGCAGAUAGUGAGGACAGCUGAGAAGAUCAUUGGGGUCUCUCUUCCCUCAAUCAUGGACACUUACACCACGCACUGCAUCCGCAAAGCCAACAGCAUUGUGGAUGACCCCACACACCCCUCACACACACUCUUCACCCUCCUGUUGUCUGGAAAAAGAUCUCUGUAGCUGUGUGAAGUCCCCUCCUGCUUUAAACUCUCCACAAUCGUCCUGUUCCCCAAGAAACCCUCCAUCACUGGACUGAAUGACUACAGGCCUGUUGCUCUGACAUCUGUUGUCAUGAAGGCCUUUGAACAGCUGGUAUUGGCCCACCUAAAGACUGUCAUGGAACAGAUGCUGGAUCCCCUACAGUUUGCCUGCCGUGCAAACAGGUCAGUGGAGGACGCAGUCAACAUUGGUCUGCACUACAUUCUGCAACACCUGGACUGCCCAGGGACAUACGCCUGGAUUCGUUUUGUUGACUUUAGUUUGGCUUUUAAUACUAUAAUUCUGGAAAUUCUCCACUCCAAACUCCUAAGGCUCACUAUUCCCUCUUCUAUCUGUCAGUGGAUCACCAGCUUCCUGACAGACAGGAAACAACAGGUGAGACUGGGAGGUGUCACCUCCAGCAUUCGGACAAUCAGCACUGGCGCUCCACAGGGAUGUGUCCUCUCCCCACUGCUAUUCUCCCUCUACACUAAUGACUGCACUUUCAAGUGACCCAACUGUUAAACUCCUGACGUUUGCAGAUGAUACUACGCUCAUCGGUCUCAUCCAAGAUGGCGAUGAAUCUGCAGACCAACAGGAGGUGAAGUGGCUGAUGCUAUGGUGCAGUCAGAACAGUCUGGAGCUAAACACCCUCAAAACUGUGGAGAUGAUAGUGGACUUUAGGAAAGACCCCUCAACAUUACUCCCCCUCACAAUAUCCAACAGCCCGGUGUCAUCUGUGGGGGCCUUCAAGUUUCUGAGCACUACCAUUUCCCAAGACCUGAAAUGGGAGUGUAACAUAAACUCUAUCAUGAAAAAGGCCCAGCAGAGGAUGUACUUUCUACGUCAAUUAAGGAAGUAUGUUCUGCCACAGGAGCUGUUGAUGUUCUACACUGCAGUCAUAGAAUCUGUCCUGUGCACAUCCAUCACCAUCUGGUUUGGUGCAGCAACAAAACAGGACAGAAACAGACUGCAACGCACAGUAAAAACAGCAGAAAAAAUAAUUGACGCCCCCCUGCCCACUCUCCAGGACUUGUAUGACACAAGAACCAGAAACCGAGCAGGAAAAAUCACUACUGACCCUUCGCACCCUGGUCAUAACCUCUUUCAGCUCCUCCCUUCUGGAAGGUGCUACAGAACUUUGCUUACUAAAACUGCCAGACACAGGAACCGUUUCUUUCCCCAGGCAAUUACCCUGAUCAACAACUCACCAUAAUUAUAUUCACUGCUUAUUAUCAUAAGUACUGCAUUAUCAGGACUGUCAGUCAUCACAUCAUCUGUAUAUAUUACACACACUACUGCUGCUGUAUAUUGUACAAAAAGCAUAAUAUUGCACAGUAUUGUUAUUUGCACUCCCACACUUUAUGUACAUAACUGAUCGUUCAUAUUCCAUAUUCAUAUUUUAUAUAUUUUAUUUAUUCUAUAUUAAUAUUUUAUACUCAUUCUGUCUAUAUUGUAUCUCAUCGUCUGCAUUGUUUUCUUAUAUAGUAUAGUGUUAUUUAUGUCUGUACCUUUGAGAGUCACAAACUGCUGGAACCAAAUUCCUUGUGUGUGUCAACACACUUGGCCAAUAAAUCUGAUUCUGAUUCUGA